CCAUGAAGCGGAUUACGGCUUCAGCCCUGAGUCUGCUUCUACGUCAUCUCAGCUGAUCCGGAGAAUUCCCUCUGCAGGGAAACAAACAAGCCCUGCCUGUAUGCUCAGCUCAGCACGGCAACAUGGAUUUCAACGUGAAAAAACUGGCUUCUGGUGCAGGGGUCUUCUUCACCCGAGCAGUACAGUUCACAGAGGAGAAACUGGGCCAGGCUGAGAAGACUGAGCUGGAUCCACACUUAGAGAACCUGAUCACCCGGGCCGACAGCACCAAGAACUGGACUGAAAAGAUCUUAAGACAAACCGAGGUGCUCCUGCAGCCCAACCCAAUGGACCACACUGGUGCUCGAAUAGAGGAGUUCAUCUAUGACAAACUGGAUAAGAAGCUUCCCUCCCGGAUGACCAACCCAGAGCUGCUGGGCCAGUACAUGCUGGAAGCUGCCAAUGACUUUGGUCCAGGGACCCCAUAUGGCAGUACCUUGAUCACAGUGGGAGAGUACCAGAAGAGACUAGGAGGAGCCGAGCGUGAGCUCCUCCAAACCUCAGCUGCCACCUUCCUCACUCCUCUACGCAACUUCCUGGAAGGAGACUGGAGGACUAUAUCAAAAGAGAGGCGACUUAUGGAGAAUCGACGACUGGAUCUUGACAUCUGCAAAGCACGCCUGAAAAAAGCCAAGCAGGCAGAAGCCAAAGCAGCGGCUGCACCUGAUUUUCAGGAGACCAGGCCUCGAAAUUAUGUUCUUUCUGCCAGUGCAUCAGCGCUGCUGAGUGAGGAAGUGGACAAAGCGGAGCACGAGCUUCGUGUCGCCCAGACAGAGUUUGACCGACAAGCUGAGGUCACCAGACUGCUGCUGGAAGGCAUCAGCAGCACACAUCUCAACCACCUGCGUUGUUUGCAGGAUUUUGCGGAGGCUCAGGCCACUUACUACGCCCAGUGUCAUCACUACAUGCAGGAACUUCAGAGAGAGCUCAACAAAUGUGCUAAUGCCGCCAGCACCCCCCACCCUACUGCUGCUGUCUGCCCCGACCCCGUCUCCUCUGCAUUCCUGUCUGGACCAUCAUCUCCUGGUGCCACAGUCUCUUCUUCGUCUAGCCAAAGGCCCAGCACGCUGGCUAUGGAGCAGACACAGCUCCCUGUCACAGGCACCAGGAAGGCAAAGGUCCUGUAUGACUAUGACGCCCAUGAUGCCAGUGAGCUUUCCCUUUUGGCUGAUGAGCUCAUUACUGUACACACCGUACCAGGAAUGGACCCUGAUUGGUUGAUUGGAGAACGAGGAAACCAAAAGGGCAAAGUCCCUGUCACCUACCUUGAACUGCUGAGCUAAUGGACCAAACAACAGGACAGACAGACACACACACACAGACACACACACACACACACACACACACACACACACAAUUUUAAUCCGUGGUGUACAGAGCCAGAAUUAUGAAAACGUUUGGAAGGCGUACCACUAGACCAUUACCACCUGAUUUGGAAGUAAAUACCCUCAAAUUGAAGCUGAAAGUCUGCACUUAAAGCACAUUACCAUACUCAGCAGCAUACCAAGCCCAAGACCUGCUAGCUGGAGGGGCCCCGGCUUGUUCAAGCAUGUAGACAUUUAAUGCUGCCAUGUUUCAGAUCUCAGUAAUUAAAAAACGAUAACUGACUAAAAGAUAUGCAGUGCAGAUGGAGGCCGUAAUCCUUGGCAUAUGACACGUUGUUUAACUGCCUUGCAAUAAAUGUGGCAAGAGAGUUUAAAUAUUUUUUAAACUGAGUAGGAGUGUGUGGUAACCUUGCUUGAGUAAUGUACUCAGCUCCAACACUCAUUUGACUGGCAGCCUGCCAGCUUCCUGCUGGAGGAGAUGCUCUAAACUCACAAAUCAUGGAGGGUGACAUCAGGCAGACUGGGUUAUAAGGUGAGGAUAAAGUUUAAGUAGCCACAAAAGUUGACCUACUUGACAGCAAGAAGUGUGGGAAGAGAGUUUAAAAUAAUGAAAUAUCUCAUCAUGAUGAAGUGCAGUCUUGCAUGACUAAUGUUUAAAUAUGUGUAACUAGCUACGGAUGAUGUAGUCUUUAUUUGGAUGGUAACCUCAGUGCAAUAAGUGUGAGUCAUAGCUGUGUGUAAUGUUGUAUGGCUUUCAAAGGGAAUCCCAAGUCUCACAUCACAACAUGCUAUAGACAUGCAACAUGCAAUAGAAGCUAUACAGUAGUUUAAUGUUAACUGGCAUGGAGAACCCUGGUUCCCAGAGGAUGAUGCUGAAUGUUUUUGUGAACCCCUGACCUUUCCUAGAGCCAUCAUAAGGCCAAACUAUCAAUUUGAACUUCCACAAUGCCAUUGAAUUUGCUGACUACAUUCAUGCUUUCCACUAGCACCACCCUCAGGACUAAAUUUUGAUUUUUAGUUCUAUUACUGAUGAGGCUGUAACAACAGCAAUCGUCAAUAUGUUGUUUUUUUGAGUGUAAUGAACAUUGCUGCAAUGCUUUAGACAUUUGGUCUUGUUUAUAACUUAUUGGAUGUUUGAGUGUUAAAAGUAUUGUUUGACCUUGGUUAGUUAAUGUCACCUUAUGGCCCAAUAUCAGUCUUUUUCCAGAGUGUUCCAAUAAAUUUCACAGUUUUCAUAAGCUGAUGGAGUUUCCAAACAUUGAUGACAAUUGAGAAGUGUGUGUGUGUGUGUGUGUGUGUGUGUGUGUGUGUGUGUGUGUGUGUGUGUGUGUGUGUGUGUGUGUGUGUGUGUGUGUGUGUGUGUGUGUGUGUGUGUAUUUUACUUGUUUUUAUGGGCUGUGUCUCCUGUUGCUUUCAUGUUUUUAGUUUAGUGUGUUGUUACAUGCCUGUGGGAGGGAUUAUAAAAAAAAUGUCCAGUCAUCAUAUUCUUGUCAUUCUCCAACAUAUGGCCACUGGUUUGAUGUGCAAUAAACAUGCAUGUGUGUUACAGUAA